CCAGCUCCUGCCCCCCAGGGCUCUUAGCCCUGAUGGCACCUGGGCUGGCCCUCAUGGCCGCCUUCUCGCUGCCCUCCCAGGCUGGGGACAGGAGAGCACUGCCGGUGGAGAAACCUUCAGGUGUGAAAGGAAGAACUCUCAUUCUCCUUGAUGUCAACACCAAGAGCCCUGUCAGGAUAAUCAGUGAGAAUUUCCUCUCCCUGCAGCUGGACCCCUCCAUCAUUCAUGAUGGCUGGCUCGAUUUCUUAAGUUCCCGGCGGCUGGUGACCCUGGCGCGGGGCCUGGCCCCCGCCUUCCUGCGCUUCGCGGGCAAGAGGACGGACUUUCUCCAGUUCCACAACGUGAAAAACCCGGCCAAGAGCCGCGGCGGGCCCGGCCCCGACUACUACCUCAAGAACUACGAGGACGCCAGGUCUCUAGACAAACUCUAUAACUUUGCUGACUGCUCUGGCCUUCACCUGAUCUUUGCACUGAAUGCUUUGCGCCGAAAUCCCAACAACUCCUGGAACAGCUCCAAUGCCCUCAGCCUCCUGAAGUACAGUGCCAGCAAGAAGUACAACAUCUCCUGGGAGCUGGGCAAUGAACCCAAUAACUACCGGACGCUGAUCGGCCGCUCGGUGAAUGGCAGCCAGCUAGGAAAGGACUACACUCAGCUGAGAAGCCUGAUGCAGCUUAUCCGCACUUAUUCCAGAGCACACCUCUAUGGGCCAAACAUUGGGAGGCCCAGAAAGAAUGUCAUCGCUUUCCUGGAAGGGUCUCAAAGCCACCAGAUCUGGUGCCUCCUUGGAUAUCUCUGCCCUCUUUCCAACCUCCUUGCUGUUUUCUUGAUACUGCUGUCACCAUUGCGUAUCCACCCUCUGGUCACAGAGCCACAGCACCUCUGGCCAGGUGGCAGAAGCAGGUUCAUGAAAGUGGCUGGAGGCACAGUGGAUGCUGUUACCUGGCAACAUUACUACAUUGAUGGUCGGGUGGCCAAAGUGACGGACUUCCUGAAAACGCGCCUGUUAGACACACUCUCUGACCAGAUCAGGAAAGUCCAGAAAGUAGUGAACACAUACACGCCAGGGAAGAAGAUCUGGCUGGAAGGUGUUGGCACAACCUCAUCUGGAGGCAUGAACAACCUCUCCGAUUCCUAUGCAGCCGGGUUCCUGUGGCUGAAUACACUGGGCUUGCUGGCCAGCCAGGGCAUCGACGUGGUGGUGCGGCAUUCCUUCCUCGACCAUGGCCACAACCACCUGGUGGACCAGAACUUCAACCCCUUGCCGGAUUACUGGCUGUCCCUGCUCUACAAGCGCCUCAUUGGUCCCAAGGUGCUGGCGAUCCACGUGGCCGGCCUGCAGAGGAAACCCCGCCCCGGCAGGGUCAUUCGCGACAAGCUGCGGAUUUAUGCCCACUGCACCAGCUACCACAACCACAACUACGUUCGGGGGUCCAUCACCCUUUACAUCAUCAACUUGCAUCGCUCCCGGAAGAAAAUAAAGCUGGCAGGGACGCUGCGGGAUAAGAUCGUCCACCAGUACCUGCUGCAGCCCUAUGGCAAGGACGGGCUCCACUCCAAGUUGGUCCAGCUCAAUGGGCAGCCACUGGCCAUGGUGGACGAUGGGACCCUCCCUGAGUUGAAGCCUCGCCCUCUGCGGGCCGGCCGCACCCUGGUCAUCCCCCCUCUGACCAUGAGCUUCUAUGUGGUGAAGAAUGUGAAUGCGCUGGCUUGUCGGUACCGAUAGCCCGCGGCCCAGAACAGACUUGCCAGCCCCGCUCCUGCACCCGCACACUGCCCAGGUCACGCUGCCUCCUUGGCAGCCCACGCAGCCCCGCCACAGGGCCAUGCUGGGUGGCACCACACAUGCCCUCAUCCUCACACCCUGGAUGUCCUCUGCCUUGGCACCCACUCCCGCCCUGUGACCACAGAGCUCCACGUGCCCUGACCACCGUUCUGCCAGAGCAGUGCAACAGCCAAUUUGCAGGGCCUGCUGCCAGCCAUCCCGUGAGCUGCAAGAAGCACCCGGUACUUGGUGCCCACUGGCUGCGUGGAAGGCUGGGGUGCCGAGCCCCAGUAUAGCAUGGGGCAGGCAUACUCCCGAGUCCUCUGGUCCCACUGCCCAGGUGGUGACCCUUCCAGCAGCCGGACCCCCUUCCCCGGAGGCGGGCAGUGCUCCGGUGCAGCAAGCGCAUGGAAGCAGCUCCCUCUACUGCCGCCAG